GAAGAAUUUACCGGAAGUAGGAAAAGCGGGAGAUUGGAAAACGUAAACAACCUUUUUGCUGGUGUGAACUGACACUGAACAUUUGCCAAAAUGAUGAAGAAGGCGCCCAAGUUGAAAUCUAUAAUUAAAACUAAAACGAAGAGGAGCAUAAACGUGAGACCGACGUCAGAGGCGAUGAUUGAGCUCCUCACGCUGCUGUUUUUGAGCAGCCUGGCUGAGGAAGCGAAGGCCAAAGCUUUUGAGGAGAAAUCUGCAACGAUCAGAGCUCAUCAUGUCAGAGCAGUCGCCAAGAAAAUGCUGAAAAAAGCUCGGGGAUGAAGAUGGGGAAGUGUCAUCAUCAUUUUUAUGGACUUUUUUCAUGAUUGGCAGCAGCAAUAUUUUUGCUUUUUUAUUAAAUAUUUUCUUCUGAAAUUAUCCUUUAUGUUCUAUCCCUUGUAUAUAUGUUUUUUCUGUCAUGAGUUUUUUUUGUUCUUUAUUAAAUUCUUGUGAAUCUUA